AUGGACCGUGAUUAUCCUUACUACAAUGUCACUGCCAGUAAGGAAGAGUUGCCGAUUCGACUCAACUAUUUGCAUUGGCGGAAUCGGCAAGUAGAGGCGAUGCACUUGGAAAAACUACGAAAAUGGCAGACAGACACAAUGUUUGGAUUGACUCUAACUGUAAGUCCAACUCCAAAUGAUGAUGGGCGGCGGUCACAUUCUUCCAAUUUCACCAGGAGCAAUAGAUCAUUGCACGAAAUUAAAGAAACCAACAGAUCAUGGCAAGAAAGUGAAGAAACAGUGAUCAUAUCCGAGAACAAUCGCAGAGAUAUAUCCAAGUACAUGUUUCAAGAGGGAGUUUUAUAUGCAAAAAAGGAUUUCAAUCUUGCAAAACAUCCAGCUAUCGAUGUACCUAACCUACAGGUGAUCAAGCUCAUACAGAGCUUCAAAUCCAAGGAAUAUGUCAGAGAAACAUUUGCUUGGAUGCAUUACUACUGGUUUCUCACCAAUGAGGGAAUUGAAUUCUUGAGAAAUCAUCUUAACCUACCACCUGAGGUUCUUCCUUCAACCUUGAAGAAGUCUACAGUAGCCAAAUUCGCUCCACAAGGAGAUCGUCGUGGUCCUCGUGGUGACGGAGAGAGACCACGGUUUAGUGGUGAUCGCGAUGGAUAUCGUGGAGGACCCAGAGGGACAGCUGGUGAGGGAGGAGAAAAGGGUGGAGCACCUGAGGGGUUCCAGCCUUCGUUCAGGAAUCCAAGCGGAGGAGGUGGUUUUGGUCGAGGUCGUGGUCGUGGUCGUGCUGGACCUGCAAGCUCUGACCUUGCUUGA